GCCGCUGCCGCUGGGAACCAAGCCCGAUAUAUACAUGAUAUAUUGGGCAGAAUGACUGAUUGAAAUGGUCUAUUCCAGUCCCGCGCUAAUAAACCAUUUUUGGGUCAUGCUUCAUCUGCAAUGAUAUUUGAACUAACUGAAGCGUGAUUAAAUAAUAUCAAAACAACUUCAAUUCCGAUGAAAAUGGGAAUUAAGCGAACAGUGCAGUGAGAAUUCGUAAACAAAAACAGUUAUUGUGGCAGAAUCCUGAAGAAUACUUUGGAGUUUGAAGGAGAUAACAAGCAUUUUUUUUUGUGGAGAAAGUGAUAUCAUUGGUGCAUUUAAGAAUUAGAGAAAAUGGCGGAACAGGCAGGAGCAAAUCUACCGAAGGAGCAAUUACAAGUCUUGAAGGAAGCGUUUGCCGUGUUCGAUAAGGAUGGCGAUGGUAUCAUCACGGGCAAGGAGUUGGGUAAUGUGAUGAGAUCACUGGGAGAGAACCCCACGGAGAAAGAGGUCCAGGAGAUCGUCAACGAGCUCGAUGUCAAUGGAAACGGUGACAUCGAUUUCUCUGAAUUCGUGGGAGUGAUGUCGAAGAAGAUGAAUGACAUGGACAACGCAGAGGACAUCAGAGAAGCUUUCAGAGUGUUCGACAAGGGAAAUCUGGGAUAUAUCGAAAAUUCUGAUCUUCAUCGCGUCCUGAUUGCCCUUGAUAUCAACAAAGGCGAGGUCGACGAACUCAUCAAGGAUGCCGACAUCGAUGGCGAUGGACGAAUUGAAUACGAAGAAUUUGUUCAGAUGAUGAAUCUUGGCAACGAGGACAAGGGCGGUGGCGUUGCGACCCUUGUCAAUGCAGUUCUCUGAUAUCUUCCACUGAAGAUGCUUCUUCAUUUUCUUCCAAAAGCAAUAGGGCGUUUUAUCAAAACUUUAUUCAUUAUGCUGUUUUUAAAAAGUUUUGAGGUUGGAAUUGCUAUGAAAGACCUUGGCCCUGUCUUACAAAGAGUUACGAUUGAUCCGAUCAAAUACAAAUUUGGACGGCCAGAAACCUCAACACAUACUAUGCAUGUUAGUUCAAAAUAUUUUCUAACUAUAUGAUGUAUAUUCAUGUAUUCAUUGUUUUCUUGAAAAUUCACUGUGCUUCUUUUUGUUUACAUAGGACAUUGUACAAAUUUCAUGUAGAAUAAAUUAUUACGACACUGAUGGAUUUCCAUAGAGUUACGAUUGAUUGGAUCAAUUGUAACUCUUUGUAAGACGGGGCACUGGUAGUGUGUUUCAGAAAGCAGUUGUUGAAUUACGAAUUACUUAUGCUAGAUUAUAUAAUUCUAUAUAUGUAUGUCGCCGACUUAGCAAGGAAGAACAUUAUGUUCCAGCCAUGCGUAAAGUUACUUGUGUAACGGCUCUAUGAGGCAAACACCAGGGGC